AUGUCAGUGCUGAACCAGUUGGAGGAGCUGCUGAGCGACAUGAAGGCUGACGUGACGCGGCUCCCCGCCACGCUGUCCCGGGUCCCGCCCAUCGCCGCACGCCUGCAGAUGUCAGAGAGGAGCAUCCUCAGCAGGCUGGCCAGCAAGGGCACCGACACACACCCGCCCCCGGUGAGCACACAUGCAUGCAAGCGUACACACACACACACACACACACAACCCCAAACUGGUUAAAAUACUGACUUGAUUUAAGAUUGAUCAUCAAAUUAACCAUCUGUCCCUCCUCCCUCUCCUUCCAGAGCAUCCCCCCAGGACCCUACGCCACUCCUCAGAACUUUGGGCCCCCCUUCACCCCCACCCCCCCGGGAGUCUUACCCAUGGGAGGAGCCAACUACAGCCUGAUGCCUCCUGGAUCCUUCGUAUCAAGUCAGUGGCCCAUACUGUACAUAUACCCAUUCACUGAGAAGGGCUUUCCAAAACUACUGAUGAAGGGUUCACUGUUCAUAGCAGUUAGGAUUGACUUUAAGUGUGGCUACUCUGCAGCAGCUGCAAUGUCCUCCAAAAUCAUUCAUUGACUGUCUGAUAUAGUCAGCAAUUCACUAGAAAACCUUCAUCAGUGGAGCUUUGGAAGAAGAAGAAAUGUUUGUGUGUGUGUGUGUGUGUGUGUGUGUGUGUGUGUGUGUGUGUGUGUGUGUGUGUGUGUGUGUGUGUGUGUGUGUGUCUGUGUGUGUGUGUGUGUGUGUGCGUGUGUGUGUGUGUGUGUGUGUACUCGAUCCAAGUAGGUGGUCUGUACAGUCCAAGUGGAGUAAACAGAUCAGUUUAGCUCAAUACACCCACACACAUUCACACACACACACAUUUCUUCUUCCAAAGAAGUAUGUCACUAUAUUUGUGUUGAUUUAGACCUAAUAAGGUACAGUUCACAAUGCAUUGGCUUCUGGCUUUGGCAACUUUGACAAAUCUGUUCCAGAUAUGCAUGGGGAAUGUACCAUCUUUAUAUGGUUAUACAUUUUGUAGUGAGACAUAAUGUAGUGAAAUAUUUGCAGCUGUUGCUAUAUAUAAAUCAUGAUGGUGAGGUUAGUGCUUCUGUGUAGUAAUCAGCAGUUCUUUCUCAAAUGGCAUUGUGGGAUUACUCCAUGUUUUAUAACACCCUUCUAUGCACUUUUUAUUGAAGAAAACAGAUUGAGCACGUCUUACCCUCAUCUAUCAUGGUUUGAUAAACCCUGCCAAUGCGGGAGACACUUAGAUCAGUGAGAUCCACUUCAUUUAACUAGGCAAGUCAGUUAAGAACAAAUUCUUAUUGACAAUGACGGCCUACCAAAAGGCAAAAGGCCUCCUGUGGGGACGGGGGCUGGGAUUUUAAAAAGUAUAUAUAUAUAUACAGUGGGGAAAAAAAGUAUUUAGUCAGCCACCAAUUGUGCAAGUUCUCCCACUUAAAAAGAUGAGAGAGGCCUGUAAUUUUCAUCAUAGGUACACGUCAACUAUGAAAGACAAAAUGAGAAAAAAAAUCCAGAAAAUCACAUUGUAGGAUUUUUUAUGAAUUUAUUUGCAAAUUAUGGUGGAAAAUAAGUAUUUGGUCAAUAACAAAAGUUUCUCAAUACUUUGUUAUAUACCCUUUGUUGGCAAUGACACAGGUCAAACGUUUUCUGUAAGUCUUCACAAGGUUUUCACACACUGUUGCUGGUAUUUUGGCCCAUUCCUCCAUGCAGAUCUCCUCUAGAGCAGUGAUGUUUUGGGGCUGUCGCUGGGCAACAGGGACUUUGAACUCCCUCCAAAGAUUUUCUAUGGGGUUGAGAUCUGGAGACUGGCUAGGCCACUCCAGAACCUUGAAAUGCUUCUUACGAAGCCACUCCUUCGUUGCCCAGGCGGUGUGUUUGGGAUCAUUGUCAUGCUGAAAGACCCAGCCACGUUUCAUCUUCAAUGCCCUUGCUGAUGGAAGGAGGUUUUCACUCAAAAUCUCACGAUACCUGGCCCCAUUCAUUCUUUCCUUUACACGGAUCAGUCGUCCUGGUCCCUUUGCAGAAAAACAGCCCCAAAGCAUGAUGUUUCCACCCCCAUGCUUCACAGUAGGUAUGGUGUUCUUUGGAUGCAACUCAGCAUUCUUUGUCCUCCAAACACGACGAGUUGAGUUUUUACCAAAAAGUUCUAUUUUGGUUUCAUCUGACCAUAUGACAUUCUCCCAAUCCUCUUCUGGAUCAUCCAAAUGCACUCUAGCAAACUUCAGAUGGGCCUGGACAUGUACUGGCUUAAGCAGGGGGACACGUCUGGCACUGCAGGAUUUGAGUCCCUGGCGGCGUAGUGUGUUACUGAUGGUAGGCUUUGUUACUUUGGUCCCAGCUCUCUGCAGGUCAUUCACUAGGCCCCCCCGUGUGGUUCUGGGAUAUUUGCUCACCGUUCUUGUGAUCAUUUUGACCCCACGGGGUGAGAUCUUGCGUGGAGCCCCAGAUCGAGGGAGAUUAUCAGUGGUCUUGUAUGUCUUCCAUUUCCUAAUAAUUGCUCCCACAGUUGAUUUCUUCAAACCAAGCUGCUUACCUAUUGCAGAUUCAGUCUUCCCAGCCUGGUGCAGGUCUACAAUUUUGUUUCUGGUGUCCUUUGACAGCUCUUUGGUCUUGGCCAUAGUGGAGUUUGGAGUGUGACUGUUUGAGGUUGUGGACAGGUGUCUGUUAUACUGAUAACAAGUUCAAACAGGUGCCAUUAAUACAGGUAACGAGUGGAGGACAGAGGAGCCUCUUAAAGAAGACGUUACAGGUCUGAGAGAGCCAGAAAUCUUGCUUGUUUGUAGGUGACCAAAUACUUAUUUUCCACCAUAAUCUGCAAAUAAAUUCAUUAAAUAUCCUACAAUGUGAUUUUCAGGAAAAAAAAUUCUCAAUUUGUCUGUCAUAGUUGACGUGUACCUAUGAUGAAAAUUACAGGCCUCUCUCAUCUUUUUAAGUGGGAGAACUUGCACAAUUGGUGGCUGACUAAAUACUUUUUUCCCCCACUGUAUAGGACAAAACACACAUCACGACAAGCGAGACACCACAACACUACAUAAAAACCUAAGACAACAACAUCUUCCUCUCUGUUGUCAUUGUUGACAGAUGGCCACCUGAAGUAGUCAGGUUCACAGCCAAUCACAAUCUCUGAUGUCAGACUAUUUUUUGUCACUUUGGGGCAGAUCCACCAGAACUGGAAUGAUAUCAUUCUAUUUCUAUGGUGAAUCGUAACUUCCACUUAAGUUGAACUUUCACCUAGUCAUGCUUUGAUGGCAAUGGGAGAUUUAAAAUAAUCGAUUUAGGUGCAAGUUAGAAUUAUCUCCUUUAUCUUUUCAACUCAAUUGUUAAAAAACCUACAAACGGGUUUCAUCAGAUAUUAUGAACAAAGCUAGUAAGAAUAUGAAUCAUUCCAGUACGUUGGAACCCAACAACAAUUUUGGAAGAAUAUCUGCAGAUGUUUAUUUUUUCCUCCUAAAGGUUUAUUGUACUCAUUAAAGUGCUUUUUAAUUAAAAUCUCCUAAACUCUCCACCUCAAAGGUUUGUUGGUUUAUUGUCCAGCUCCUUCAGUCUUUCUUAGUCCACUUCAACUGCCAACGAUGGAAUUUAUUUUCCCUCCAGUAGUUUGGCUACAGCAGAUGUUGACCAGAUACGUCUGCUCUGGGGUGUGUUUGUGUUCCAAGACGUUUUGUAAUGUAAUAGAGAUAUCUGGUGAAACCUGAUACUCCCGACUGGUAUUACCCUGUAAUUGGCCUGACCCAGUGUUCUGUCCAGUCCAGUCUGUCUGUAGCGUGGACUCUGUCUGUAUUCCAACAUCUUGAUUUAUGUAAUUGCAGAGGGACCCGUCUGUCAGAGACAUAGUAUUUUAGGAGAUGUGCUUUUUCUGAAAAUCUCAUUACAGUGCAGUUUCGUACCAAGUUGCGGUGCCAAGAUGCAAUUCAGUCUCCAGGGACUUUGUACAAAGGUAUUUUAAGAGGACACCAAACCACACAGAAGUUACUUGUGUAAACUCCUUGUUGGGACUUAAACUAGAACUCUCUUAGGCCGAGCUGAAUGUUGGGCUGAACGCUGGUGUUCGGAAAUAGUCGCCAGAUCAUGCACCGUCUGUUCUCCGUGGGUGUUGAGUCUGAGUGGACCGUGCCGAGCUGAACGCUGUCUGAACGCACAGACGAACGCGCUGAACUCUCUCGCUCUAUCUCUCUGGAGAGAGCUAUACAUAUUUGGUACAUGGGGGCGCAUUGGGUUUGUUGUCUUGAUUUGGGUUGCUGUUGUUGCUGACCCCUUUUUAGAAAGAAGGGAGGGAGAGAGAGGGGGGGGGGGGAGGAGGAGAGGGGAUAUAUGAGAGGGGGAUAGAGGGAGAUAGAUAGAGAGGGGAGGAGAGAGAAAGAGAGAGAGAGAGUGGGAGAGGAAGAGAGUGAGGGAGAACAACUGUGAAUGAAAAAAACAAGCAAACACUUGUAUGACCUCAUAAUAACCUCCUAAUAACCUCAACAGUCUGUUAACCUCAUCCCAGACCUGAGUACGCAAAGCUGCUGCUGUCUCAAAAUAAACAACUUCUGUCUGUCCUGCUUCUUUUCCCAUCACGUAACUUGAAGCUAAAUUUGGUAAACUCCAAGCAAAACGCAGUGACAUAUUGGACUCUCAUACCAAUCACUUUCUGUGCUUUUCAACAGUCCUGAAAUGUGGGAACACAAAAUGCAUUGCCCUCUGGGAAGUGUAUCCGUGGUUGUCGUUGUUUCCAUGACACCUCGAGGAAGCUGGCCCUCUCAGUAUUGGAGUGUUGAGGGCCAGAAGAGUGUUGUCUCUGCUACAGUACUGCCUGAACUGCCUGACUGUCACUCGCGUUGCCGUGCCAUUGCCGUGGCAACCCCUACCUCUUCCUCCCAGUCCCACCCAGUCUCUACAGCUCUGCCGCUUGUCUGCCCCCACAGAAGCCCCAGAAGCCCCGGGUGGCGGCGGCGCUGGCUUCCUGAAGACUAAGGAGCACGACAUCAUGCAGCGGCAGCGCGUGGUCGACCUGUGGAAGGAUGGCAAGUCGGAGGGGUCCAUCGGGCAGGAGCUGAGGAUGCCUAAGUCCACGGUGCACAGCAUCAUCGUCAAGUACCGCCUCAGUAACACUGUGGAGAACCUGCCCCGCAAUGGACGGCCCAAGAAACCCUAA